AUGGCGUACAACAUGAAUCCGCUGGUCAUGAAAUGUCCUGUUCCGUUCCCAUCGACUGGCAUCAAAUGUCCUGCCUGCAACCGAAUCCAACGAGAUAGUUCCAGCUUCAAAACACAUGCUAGACGAGUUCAUAAGACCCUGGAUGUCCAAACCCCAUCAACGUGCUCUGCUUGCCAUCGUGAAUUCCCAACCUUCCGUGCUGGCUCCAUACAUUACGCUCGAAUACAUGGGGAAAAAUCCCGCAAAUCACCGCCAAAGACCGCCUCACAAGACUCAGUUGGUAUCCUGCCAUCCACUCCUGAGAUGCAUGACAUCCUGCGUCGAGUUAUCAACCGGUCGCCACCAACAACUUGUCUACCAGUACCUCGUUCUCCAAAGCAGCCCCAGUCACCCUCUACUCAGGACCUGAUCGCGGAAUUCUUGAACAAUUCCCCAACUCGUCCGUUCACACCUAUGUCACCAGCGCAACCAACAUCAAACUGCUCUACCGACUGCCCAAGACCUCCAACCCAAGAGAUCGCACCUCCCAUUCCUCUCCACAGCAGAACCACCAUCUGCCCCCAUCCCGAACCUCAAGUGAACCAGUUGAUCGAGUACCUCCGACAUGGGGGUAACAACCACGAACCCUCUCCCACACCAAGCGAUAGAUCCAGCCCAUCCUCCAGCCCUCAGUCGUCCGCACCACCUCGUGUGCUACACCGCCCUUCUGAGGCAGUCAGAAAUAUCAACGCUGACCUCGAGCGGCUCAAAGCCACCCUAGAAGAUGACCCUGAUGAUGACGCUCCCUCCCAGUCACCACCUCGCCCACCACCUCCGGAGCCUACUGUCCCAGACACCCAGGACCCACCACCCCAAGAUCACCAACAAGAUCCUCCCACCGUCCCUGCCAAUGCACCUAAUCCUCGCCAACCUCAGCAGUCCCCACAGAGGCCACCUGAUAUGAACAACUCUCAGGAUGCCCUCCUCCCUGAAACCCAGGAUGAAAACCUAACCGAAUUCCACCGCCACUGGUCCACGGUCUUCUCCUCCAACCUCUCAUGGGAUGAGUUCGCCGAACAGUGUGAAGUGUUUGCUGCUGCAACCAAAACGUUGGCCAUUUCCCUCAACCAACCACGAAACCCCCCUCCCACCGAAGGACACACCAACCAACCAAGACGACCUCCUAACGGCCGACCUGUCCAACAGUACAACCCAAACGAGGCAAAACGCAUUCAAGGACUUUACCGCAACUCCAAAAAGCGUGCAGCCCGACGUAUCCUCGCCAAUAACUCCACCACCUUCACCGGUUCUCGACAGUCUGCGCAGGAUUAUUUUACCGAGGUCUUCUCCACCCGCCAGUGUGACACCAAUACCCUCUUGAACCACCUUCAACAAUCUGUCCCACCCUCCGAAGAUGACAAUUCCCACCUGUCGACUGAGAUGUCUGAAGAAGAGGUCAUGGCCAAGCUACGUACUGCUUCAAACACAGCCCCUGGACCUGACCGAGUCGAAUACCGUCAUCUCAAACGUGUCGACCCCAACGCCAAACUCCUUCCCCUCAUCUUCAACCGCUGCCUUCGUGAGCGUGACGUACCCAAGGCAUGGAAAGAUGCCCUCACCAUCCUAAUCUACAAGAAGGGAUCCUCGGAUGAUGCCUCCAACUUCCGCCCAAUUGCCUUGAUGUCCUGCAUCUACAAAUUGUUCAUGGGUGUGAUUGGCAAACGUAUCUCCUCCUGGGCCAUCCGAAACAACAUUCUCUCGGACGAACAGAAGAGCGCCCGUCCUGCAGAAGGCUGCUAUGAACAUACCUACCUGCUCAAAUCUGUCAUACGUGACGCCCGCUUGAACAAGCGUACAGUAUAUGUUGCCUGGCUCGACCUACGGAAUGCCUUUGGAAGCAUCCCCCAUACUGCAAUCCAGACUACCCUCCAACACCUUGGCGUACCCGAAGAACUGAUUUCCUUGAUCACUAACGCAUACACCGGUGCGACCACCUCCGUCCGUGUUGGCCAAGAGACCACUGACCCCAUCCCUAUACGUGCGGGUGUCAAACAAGGAUGUCCUCUCAGCGCGGUCCUAUUCAAUCUAUGCUUGGAGCUUGUCAUCCGUUCAGUCAAACAGAAAGCGGCAGACCUUCCUAAGAACCAAUCACUCUCGCACUUUGAAACUCUUCUCUCUUGUCUAGCUUACGCUGAUGAUCUUGUCCUUGUUGCCCGUAGCAAGGACGCUCUCCAGGCUCUCCUUGAUAGUGCUUCCUCUGCUGCGUCGGUUAUUGGCCUUGAGUUCCGUCAGGAUAAAUGUGCUACAUUAUCAUUUGUCAACCGCAAAGGUGAACCAGCCCGUGUGGACCGCAAUGUAUUCCGUAUCCAGGACCAAGUCAUCCCGUCCCUCGCGGCCGAAGAGUCCUAUCGUUACCUGGGUGUCCCAAUUGGCAUGAUCCAUAACAUCAAUGAUCUGGAUGCUAUCAUUCCUCAGAUAACCGAAGACCUCGCCGCCAUCCGUACAUCACUACUGGCCCCAUGGCAGAAAAUCGACGCCAUACGUGUCUUCGUUCAACCGGCCCUGACGUUUGCCCUUCGUGCUGGCGAUCCCAAGAAAGAAUCGCUGUCUGCGUAUCGUACAGCCCUGAUCAGUACCCUCCGUGACAUCUGCUCCCUACCAAAACGUUCUUGCCAACCGUAUUUCUUUGCGCAAAAGAGUGCAGGAGGACUCGCCCUGCAAGAUCCAACUGCUGAAGUAGAUGUCCAGUGCAUCGUCCAAGCUGUCCGCAUCCUGUCAGCCAAUGACCCCUCCGUGACUGCUGCUGCUCGUGCUGAACUCCGUGCUGUUGUCCGACGCUCCACCCGGUCAAAUCCCUCGGCGAAUCUGAUUUCAAAGUACCUCUCCGGUGAUUCUGACGGCCCAUGUUCCAGCCUGUAUUAUACCUACUCCUCCCUAUGGUCCCGCUGUCGUGUUGCCUGUCGGAAACUCCAAGUCAAAUUUGUGUUCUCCGACGAUUCACCACCAACCAUCUUCGCUGAUGACUCUACCACCGAAGCCAAAGCUGUGUCAUCCUUCCUACACCGUGCUGUACAGCAACGUUACGGCAAGAAGUUGAUGGACCUCCCAGACCAAGGGAAAGUCGCUCGCUGCCUCGUCUCGGAUGACUACGGGAACGGUUCCACCUGGCACAACUCAGGCCUGAACAUCAGGUUUAAAGACUGGCGCUUCAUCCACAAAGCUCGAUUGAACUGUCUCCCAACCAAUGCUGUGAAAGCUCGCUGGUCUAACACUGCACCCACCUGUCGCCACUGUCCUGAAGCAGAAACCCUUCCUCACAUACUCAACCACUGCCGUCCCGACCUGGUACACAUCCGCCAUCGCCACAACAAAUUAGUCACUCGUAUCACCAAUGCUGUGCGCUUUGGCAACGUCACCACCGAUCGUGCUGUUGCAGACUCUGGCUUCCCUCUACGCCCUGAUAUCGUCAUUGAAGAAGACAAGAAAGUUUUAAUAAUCGACGUAACAUGUCCCUUCGAUAAUGGUCCAGACGCGCUCGAGGAAGCUGCUCAAGAGAAAGUCAACAAAUACUUACCUCUCAAAGAACACUUCACUGACCUCAACAAACAAUGCGAGAUAUAUCCCUUCGUUAUCGGUUCUCUUGGUUCUUGGUACCCACAAAACGAACUGCUGCUAAGACAACUCGGUAUGACGAAACGAUAUAAAUCCCUCUUCCGAAAGCUCUGCUGCACCGAUGCCAUCCAAGGUUCAUGUGAUGUCUUCCGCCUUCACAUGGGAUGGGACCAAGCUGUAUGA